UGGUUUGAGAGUCCGGGUACCGUUAGCAGGAAACCGAGCUUUCGAGCCCAUUUUCACUUCGAAGGCGACACAAAAGACACAUAUUUCUCACGGAAAGCGGUUUUUCCUUUCUUUCUUCCAGCUAACACAUAUAAGGUUGGAUUCGUUUUAGACCGGAAGCCAUUUGACUGGCGCCGUUGUUCUGAUGGGAAAAAGUUUUCUGCUGGUUUCGCCUACUGCUCGCCUGUUUUAUUAGCGUUUUUCUUGUUUUGUUUUCUUCUUCCUACUUUUUGAACCCCAAGCGGACGACUAACAGCAAAGAUGCCGAAAACGAUUAGUGUACGAGUCACCACGAUGGAUGCAGAACUGGAGUUUGCCAUUCAGCCCACGACAACAGGAAAGCAACUGUUUGACCAGGUGGUGAAGACCAUCGGGCUGAGGGAGGUUUGGUACUUUGGACUCCAGUACCAGGAUACAAAGGGUUUGUCUACGUGGCUCAAGCUCAAUAAGAAGGUCACUGCCCAAGAUGUGAGGAAGGAGAGUCCGCUGCUGUUUAAGUUCCGUGCCAAGUUCUUUCCUGAGGAUGUGUCAGAGGAGUUAAUCCAGGAUGCCACCCAGCGGCUGUUCUUCCUGCAGGUGAAGGAGGGAAUCCUAAAUGAUGAUAUCUACUGCCCCCCAGAGACGGCCGUCCUCUUGGCCUCCUAUGCAGUGCAAGCGAAGUAUGCAGACUACAACAAGGAAGUCCACACGGCAGGUUAUCUGUCUAAUGAACAUCUGCUCCCUCAGAGAGUCCUGGACCAGCACAAACUCAGCAAGGAACAGUGGGAGGAGAGGAUUCAAGUGUGGCAUGAAGAGCACAAAGGAAUGAUGAGAGAGGAAUCCAUGAUGGAGUACCUGAAGAUUGCCCAAGACCUGGAGAUGUAUGGAGUCAACUACUUCAACAUCAAGAAUAAGAAAGGAACAGAGUUGUGGCUGGGAGUGGAUGCUUUGGGACUCAACAUUUAUGAACAGAAUGAUAAAAUGACACCCAAAAUUGGAUUUCCUUGGAGUGAAAUCAGGAAUAUUUCCUUCAACGACAAGAAAUUUGUCAUUAAACCAAUUGACAAGAAAGCACCAGACUUUGUAUUUUACGCUCCGAGGCUGCGGAUCAACAAGCGCAUUUUGUCUCUGUGCAUGGGAAAUCACGAGCUGUACAUGCGCCGCCGUAAACCCGACACCAUCGAAGUGCAGCAGAUGAAGGCUCAGGCCCGGGAGGAGAAGAAUCUCAAGAAGAUGGAACGGGCUCUGCUGGACAAUGAAAAGAGGAAAAGGGAAACUGCAGAAAAGGAAAAGGAGAAGAUCGAAAAGGAAAAAGAAGACUUAAUGAAACGGUUAAGGCAGAUUGAGGAGCAGACUAAACAGGCCCAACAAGAACUGGAGGAGCAAACAAUGAGAGCUCUCGAGUUGGAGCAGGAGAGAAAGCGAGCUCAGGUGGAGGCUGAACGCUUGGAGGCGGAUUUGAAGGGCGCAGAAGAUGCCAAGAUGGCGCUCCUGCAGCAGUCCGAGAACCAGAUGAAGAACCAAGAGCACCUGGCCACUGAGUUAGCUGAGCUGACAUCUAAGAUUUCCCUUCUGGAGGAUUCCAAGAAGAAGAAGGAAGAGGAGGCAGUGCUGUGGCAACAUAAGGCCACCAUGGUGCAGGAGGACUUGGAGAAGACCAAAGAAGAGCUCAAAAACAAAGUGACGGUGGUCCAUGUUCAGGAGCCCAUCAACACUGAGAAUGAGCACGAUGAGAACGACGAAAGCAGUGCAGAGGCCAGCGCCGAGUUCACAUCUGCGGCCGAGUACAACAAGGAUCGCAGCGAGGAAGAGCGCAUGACAGAGGCGGAGAAGAAUGAGCGUUUGCAGAAACAUCUACUCGCUUUGAGCUCAGAGCUGGCCAACGCUCGGGACGAGACCAAGAAGACGGUCAACGACAUGAUCCACGCCGAGAACAUGCGAGCGGGGCGAGACAAGUACAAGACCCUCAGACAGAUCCGGUCAGGGAACACCAAGCAGCGCAUUGAUGAGUUUGAAUGUAUGUGAUGUGUGGCAGUCGUGAGGCUCAGUCCACCAGACUGCAGCCGUGCGUCACUCAAGCGCUUUGUCUCCUACAAAUUCAAUCAGCUCCAAAUCAGCACAAUGUACAAAUAUGGAAGGAAAUUGCUCUUUUUUUUUUUUAACUCCGCAAGUCACUGGUGGAUAAGGGACAUACUGUAUUUUAUAAGUGCCUUCGUCACGAGGGAGGUUUUGUAGCAUAUCUAUGAUAAAAACAUCAACUAUUUGUCAUUUUGUAUCUUAAAAAUAAAGAGCUGAAGGGCCAGCCUAACUCUGUGCCCUUUACAUAAACAUUUCUGUUGUACAUGUGCAAAGUGCAUUUCUCUGAUUAUUUUCAUUAAUUGAAGUCAUACAAAUUAGAACCCUAAAAAGAAAUUGAACCUAAAUAUCUCGUCUAUGCAUCAGACCUAACAUAUCGUACGUUUAAAGCUCAGAGUUUAGUUUUUAAUCAAAUAGUUUUGUUAUUGCAAAUGGAUACACUGUAGAUCUUUUCAAUGCAGCGUCCUGCAUACAGUAUGUCUUCUGUAAAGUGGAAUAAAAGAACAAUCUGACCUUACCUAAAAUGCCUUUUUGCAUAUAAUCAUUUUCUUUAACAUGCACUGGAACAUCGCAAUUUGCAAUAUUAACCAAAACAAUAAGCAGGAGCUCCAAUUCAUGCAUAUUUUUUUUUCAAAUAUACUGUAUGUAUUUAAUGAAUAACUUUUGUAUUUUUGUGAUUUGGAUUUUUUUCUGAUGUGAUAGAAUCAUGUACGGUGUCAUUAUAAAAGAAAAGAAAAAAGAAAAAAACACUGCUGAGGAUAUUUUUGUAUGACAGAAAAUCAUCAAUACUGAAGAAAGUAUUAGUUGUAAAGUAAUGAGGCUAGUUGAAGGAACAAGCAACACCCUGAGCACCAAUAACAAUACAUUUUACUUCACAACGUCAACCGUGAAUCUGCAAAUUAAUAUCAAGUGCCACCAUGGAGGGUUUUGCUUGUUCAUACGUUUUUAGACAUUAAUCUUUGAAAGAUGUAUUUACAAUAUUUUGCAAGGUCAAAAUAAAAGUAUUAUAGCAGUAGGUGUUUUUUCUAUUUACUCUAUUUUCAUGCGUCCAGCUUGUUAUACAGUCAUAGUAUUUUUUUGUCCAUUCUUCCUCAAAGUACCAAGAAUACACUUUGCUAUUUUGGAUACAUUUUGACAAUAACUUAUUUAAAUGAUGCUGUAAUUAAUGUUGGAGAUGAACAGGCAUAUUAACAUGUACGUCUGCAGCUCUUAUGUGAAAGAGGUGGACUCCGUGAUGUUUGAAAUAUGAAGGAUUAUGAAUGAUAAUUACCGGUUAGCGUGUAUUGCCAAAGUUGCUCAUCAGAACCUGUUUGCUUCCUUUUCACCAGUGAAUAAAAUAACACAAAAAAUGCUUUA